UAAAUGUUUGUUUGCGGACCGCCAGUAUAUCAUAGAAGAAGAAUAAGCUUUCUAGCCGAGUAGAUAAACAAACUUAUUAUUAGGUUUGUAUAGCGAUUAAUGGAGAUUUAAUUAACUACCAUAUACAACUCAAUUAGUUCUCGUUUCGUUAUAUUCAAAUAAUCAGUGUUCGCAUCACUGUUUACCUGAAGAGUAGUAGCGCAUGUUGGAGAUAACCAACGUUAGCUAACUAUCUCAAUAUGGAAAGAACGCGGGAGCAACAUGGCAUGCAAUGGUCGCAGGGUUAGCUAGUCAACUUACUUGGUUUCAAAGUUUGGUAGCAAAAGACAUCUAUCAGGCUGUAAGAAAUUUGGAAUUUUGUGACCAGGGAUCGAGAAUUUGAGACAAGUUCGACUGCAAUCAGAUCCACGCGUCGUCAUGGCUUGGGCUCUGAAGUUGCCACUCACUGAUGAGGUGAUUGAAUCAGGUCUGGUCCACGACUUUGAUGCCAGUCUUUCUGGCAUUGGACAAGAGCUUGGAGCUGGGGCGUACAGUAUGAGCGACGUGCUGGCCCUCCCCAUCUUUAAGCAGGAGGAGUCUAACCUGCCGCCUGACAGUGAGAACAAGAUUCUUCCUUUCCAGUAUGUUCUGUGUGCAGCGACCUCGCCUGCUAUCAAACUGCACGAUGAAACACUUACCUACCUCAACCAAGGACAAUCUUAUGAAAUUCGAAUGCUUGACAAUCGGAAAUUGGGUGAGCUCCCAGAAAUCACUGGCAAAAUGGUGAAGAGCAUCAUCCGCGUGGUCUUCCAUGACCGGCGUCUUCAGUACACAGAGCACCAGCAGCUGGAGGGCUGGCGCUGGAACAGGCCUGGAGACCGCAUCCUCGACCUGGAUAUCCCCAUGUCAGUUGGCAUGGUCGAUCCCAGGGCUAACCCUACUCAGCUUAACACUGUGGAGUUCCUGUGGGACCCUUCAAAAAGAACCUCGGUUUUUAUCCAGGUUCACUGCAUCAGCACAGAGUUCACUAUGCGGAAGCAUGGGGGAGAGAAGGGCGUGCCUUUCCGCAUCCAGAUCGACACUUUCAAAGAGAAUGAUGGCGAAGAGUAUACAGAGCACUUGCAUUCUGCCAGCUGUCAGGUCAAAGUCUUCAAGCCUAAAGGUGCAGACAGGAAGCAGAAGACAGACCGAGAGAAGAUGGAAAAGAGGGCGCCUCAGGAGAAGGAGAAAUACCAGCCCUCGUAUGAAACCACCAUCCUAACAGAGUGCUCUCCCUGGCCAGAGGUCACCUAUGUAAAUAACUCUCCAUCGCCUGGCUUCAACAGCUCACACAACAGUUUUCCAGUGGCAGAGGGCAAUGGAUCCCCCAGUCACCAGCCAGAGCUAGUUGUUCAGGUAGCAGAUAUUGAAAGCUGUCUGACUGAUACAAUUUUGCCAUCCCAUCUACUUACAAGAGACGGUGAAAGUAUCCAUCAGAACCUGUUACCCACGGCAACACCACAGGAUGCACAGCAGUGGCUCCAUAGAAACCGCUUUUCACCGUUCUGUCGGCUUUUCACUAAUUUCUCAGGAGCUGAUCUGUUGAAGCUGACCAGGGAAGAUGUCAUUCAGAUAUGUGGGCCAGCAGAUGGUAUUAGGCUCUUCAACGCGUUGAAAGGACGGGUGUUACGUCCCAGGCUGACGGUGUAUGUGUGCCAGGAGUCCCAGCAGGCUCGGGAACAGCAGCAGAAACACGAGAACGGAGACGCAGCUAGCAGCACUUUUUUCGUGUACCAUGCCAUCUACCUGGAGGAUUUGACAGCAGUUGAGCUGACAGAGAAGAUCGCUCAGCUCUUCAACAUCUCACCCAGACAGAUCAGUCAGAUCUUUAAACAGGGACCCACUGGUAUACAUGUCCUGGUCAGUGACGAGAUGAUUCAAAACUUCCAGGAUGAAGUAUGUUUUGUUUUGGAUACAAUGAAAGCCGAGACGAACGACGGCUACCACAUCAUCCUGAAAUGAAAACUGUCUGGGGGAUUGUCUAGCCCCCGCUCUCUCCUGACACCCAAACCUGCCAGCCCCUCUACAGCCUCAGCCCCUGAUGUACCUUGACCGUGCUGAAGAUGACCCGAUCGUUUCGCUCAACGGUUCUCUAGAGGCUGCUCGCUACGGGGAACAUUUUGACUGAAGCACCUUGCCCAUCCUCGAUACCUUAUUGUCUUAUUUUAAAGGAGUGACACUAUUUGAGCUGCCAUAUUGAUGCAACUCUCCAGUCUCCUCCCAUGCUAAAAACCCUUUUUAAAUGGUUGCAUUUUCCUGCUUUGUUGCUCAUAUGUUUGAAAAAGAGAAUCGACUGCUUCAGAAUCAACGACUUUGCUGUCUUGUUUUUAGAAUUCAGUGUUGCAUGGAAAGGGAUCCACAACAAGAGAUGCAGAGUGCGUAUGGUCUCCGGUCUCCAUCUCCUCCUCCCACUAGGCUGCUGGACAUCAAAGAGUCGUUUUGUGAGGACCGUGGUCAUGGUUAAGUAGCUACGGCAACAAAGCUUGCACAGGAUAUAAAAUCUUAACUAGGUUAAAGAUACAAAAGCGUUCUAAUAUCCCAUAAUUCUUUGCAUAAAUGCGGAAGCAUUCUAGACCACGGGACCAGCAAUGUGAGCGAAACAAUUGUAGAUAAUUUACUCAGCAAGCAUAUAACAUAACUGUUUUAUUCAUUUAUAGGUUUUUCAAAUGAUCUACAGCCAUUUUAUUACUUGGAUUUCCUGACCGCUGAUCAUGUCAUGCCAGCAGCAUACCACCCUGCAUACCACUGCUGGCUUGCUUCUGAAGCUAAGCAGGGUUGGUCCUGGUCAGUCCCUGGAUGGGAGACCAGAUGCUGCUGGAAGUGGUGUUGGAGGGCCAGUAGGAGGCACUCUUUCCUCUGGUCUAAAAAAUAUCCCAAUGCCCCAGGGCAGUGAUUGGGGACACUGCCCUGUGUAGGGGGGAUGUUUCGGAUGGGACUUUAAAAUGGGUGUCCUGACUCUCUCUGAGGUCAUUAAAGAUCCCAUGCCACUUAUCGUAAGAGUAAGGGUGUUAACCCUGGUGUCCUGGCUAAAUUCCCAAUCUGGCCCUCAAAAUCAUCAUGGCCACCUAAUAAUCCCCAGUUUACAAUUGGCUCAUUCAUCCCCCUCCUCUCCCCUGUAACUAUUCCCCAGGUCGUUGCUGUAUGAGAACGUGUUCUCAGUCAACUUACCUGGUAAAAUAAAAAAUGUUUUCAAUGCUGAUCCUGUGGAAUCCAACAGCGGCGCUGGUCCCAUGAAUUUGUUUAUUUGGAAUUAUCCAGGUUAGGACCAAGUAAUAUCUUCAACCUAAAAUCUUAACAGGAAGUCAUAAUGGAAAAUGAAAGGGACACCUGUAGCAUAUAUGAGAUCCCCUCUGUUCUCCCAAUGAGCGCUGUGCUCCUGUGAAAGCCCACAUCUGUCAAGUUGUAUUUUUCGUCCAUCUGUGCAGCUUUUCUAGGUCUUUAAUCACUGUCAAGUCUGUGUCAGUAUACUGUUCUGUUCAUGCCUCCCCCUUAUUCAUUAAACCGAUUGACAUCACUUUCUUUAUUGACCACACACCGUGGCAACACCAGCAACCUACUAGUCUCUGUCUUGCCCGCUAUCCCUAUUUACCGUUAUACUGUAUCACUUUACAGUGUCAUUAAGAUGGUUUUGGACAAUUUGUUAACUUUUUUUUGUAGUAGAUGGUUGUUUAAAAGUGUGAAUUUUGAAUCAUGUUUUACUUUGACUGUUUUCAUAAACGUGUAAACAGACUUGUGUUUCUACCUUGUUUAAAGAGAAGCAGUCUACAUUGUUUUGGGAUAUUACCACUAUCAAGUAUUAAUAUAUAGUAGUGGGUUGUUCAGGGUACACCAAAGCUGCAUGUGGAAAGCUAGAGUUGGUUCCCAUUCAAUAAGGUUCUACUGAACGCUAGAUGUUGUCCACCUUUGCCCCUCAUCCAAGUCAUCAGAACGAUUAAACUACUUACCCAUA